AUGAAGGGUCCAUGGCCGGAAGGCAUGUCGAAGUUUGUGUUUGCCAACGGUUGCUUUUGGGGCAGCGAGAAGGGAAUUUGGCGCCUUCCUGGGGGCGGAAUCUUCUCAACAGCAGUGGGCUAUGCGGCAGGCUUCACGCCCAAUCCGACAUAUGAGGAGGUCGUAACAGGAAGGACAGGGCAUGCUGAGGCGGUUCAAGUCAUUUUUGACCCGGCGAAGAUCGACCUGGUUGACAUCUUGAGGUGGUUCUGGGAGGCACACGACCCGACCCAGCACAUGGGACAAGGUAACGACAUCGGCACGCAGUAUCGAAGUGGCCUGUAUUAUUUUGAUGAUGAUCAGCGGCAGCUCUUCCUUGCUAGCAAGGCAGCAUACCAGGAUGCAUUAAGAGCUGCUGGGAUUCAACGCGAAGUGUCCACGGAAAUUCGGGCAGCAUCAGACUUCCCGAACGGGGUUUUCUAUUAUGCUGAGGACUAUCACCAGCAGUACUUGGCCAAGCCUGGCUCCAGGCCCUACUGCUCCGCGCAGCCGCAAGAAGUUCCUCUUCCACCUUUCUCUAAGUGGGCCACGCCUUCUCUACGCACCAAGUUCCAGCAGCGGCUUCCAGACACUUUCUGGCAGACGCAUGGCCCUGCACCGCAUAGCGUGAUUCGAUCGCCGGACUCUCCCAUUGAUUGGACUCAGUUCUCAUCAAGGACGGAGGAGCUUUGA